AAUGAAGUUUUACUAACAAGCCGUCCUGCUGUCAAAAUUAUUAAGUGGAACAAUUUUGAUCAAUGUCGGAAGAGAAAAAAAAAUCAAUGGUCAAUAUACUUUAUUUUUAUCAACUUUUAUUUCUCAAAGAAAGUGUGUAUUCUAUUUGCAUAAAUAAAAUAUGGUUCUUCGGAUAACGCUGUCAUUAAACAAUCAAUAUGGGUGAGUUUACGGCGUCUAAUUGUUCCUGGAACAAGUUGGUGAUAUCGAAGUCGGAUGACCAAUGGACCUCCACUAUCAAAUCUGAGCAAAACGACGCGGAAUUCGCGCGGUGCGCUUCAAGCUACAACUACGAGCAACAAAGACCCGGUAACAUCAAGACAGAGCAAGAACCGUGUGGCGAGUUGGAUUACAUGAAAGAUGACGCUGAGACUAUGACACAGGAGCUUGAUCCGCUGCUCAUUGAAAGUACGCAGCGGAGGCGACGACGGGGAUCGGGAUUGGGAAUAAGGAGUGAGUCGACGGAGGAAAGGUCUGCGCGACUGGCGAAGAUGUCUGCGUACGCUGCGCAUCGAUUAGCCAACGAGACGCCCGAGCAGCGAGCUGUGCGUCUUAAACGCAUGUCCGACUACGCCGCAAAAAGACUGGCACGAGAAACAAGCGAGCAGAGAGCCAAGCGCUUGGCACGUAUGUCCGAAUAUGCAGCUAAAAGACUUGCAGCAGAAACACCUGAACAGAGGCAAGCAAGACUGGCAAGAAUGUCGGCAUAUGCAGCCAAAAGACAAGCUUUGAAGAAAAAAGUUAUUGCCAACUCUGGCAACUUCUCUGCCUCCAGCCAGCCUUUCACACAAACAAUAAUGCCUGACCAAAGCUGAGAAUAAUUUAUUAGAUUAAUAAUAAUUUUGCAGCUUAUACUUACUAAGUACACUCACGGGCAAUAAAAUAGGGCAGCCAACAUAAAGGACCUAGUGCAAAGUAAAUAAGUUGGAGAUAGGGUGUUCAAAGAAAUAAAUAUUUUGUAAAGAACUUAUUUCAUGCACAAAAUACAUAACUUUUAGACUAAAACUGAAUGAAGAUGUGAAUAAAAACUAGUUGGUAAAUUUGUUUAGCUGCAUGAUGUAUUUUGCCUGUGAGUUUAUAUGUUAUGAAUUUGAUGAACUUUAAUUGUAAUGUAAUUAUUAUGAGGCCAAUUUAUUGUUUUAAAUUUUGGUGUACUUAGAUUAUUUGCCUGCAUGUAACAUCCUUGCUAUCUACAAGGUGCACUGCACACAUUCAACUCUAAACAGUUAGUAUUAGGUGCAACUUAGCAAUAGUCAUCAAAUUAAGAAUCAGCCGAUAGUAGUUUGUGUGCAAAGGCCCUUAUUAAUGUAUAUAACAAAUUACGUUUAUGUGCACUUAUGAUCUUAAUAAAUGCAUUUUAUGUCUAAGUAAGGACUUAUUUCUAGGAAAAUGUUUUUGUAUAAAAAAAUACAAGUAUAUAAUGUGAUUAAAGUUUAUUGACUCCAAUCAAGAGUAGUGUUUUAUUCUGUAUUACUAGACUUCACUAUAGUAUCUGCUGUUUCAAGGUUGGCAUUAUGUCAUCUUAGGUGUGUUUUUUACAAAUUUUGUAGCAACCAAAUCAACGCUCAUGGCGCAUUUACACCGUCAUCGACUUCGGG